AUGAAUUUCCUCUGCCAACCUCUCUCCACCCACAUCCGCCGCCGCUGCCGCCACCACCAAAUCCGCACCCUCUACGACGCCGUAUCCUCCUUGAAAUGCCCCCGAGACCGCGGCCUCGACCACGCGGUGGAGCGCGAGCGCCAUCUGAAACCCUUGCUCAAUCUCAAAAACCUCAUCCUCUCUGAGCCAUCCAAAUCGAUCCCACUCUCCCUGAUAACCGAAUCGAGAGAAACACUAGGAAUCCCUUUCCGCCCCAUCGAGUUCAUCCGAAAAUACCCCUCGAUUUUUCAGGAAUUCCACCCGGGCUCGCUCAACAUCCAGCCCCACAUCAAGCUCGCCCCUGAAAUCAUCUCCUUGAACUCCGAGGAGAAUCUUAUCUACCAGCGCGUGGAUUACAAGCAGGAAGUGGCUCGACGGCUUUUGAAGCUGCUGAUGAUCGGCAGAAUCAAUAAAAUCCCGAUUCUUCUGCUGGAGAGGUUGAAAUGGGAGCUGGGUUUGCCUCCGGACUAUCAAAAGGAUGUGAUUCCCGAGUUUCCGGAUUAUUUCCGGGUGGUUAACGAGAAAAGUCUUGGUGAAAGCGAGAAAAUACUCGAGCUGGUUUGCUGGACCGAGGAAUUUGCAGUUUCAGAAAUGGAGAAGAAAGGGGCAAAAGGUGGAAAGACCCAGUUUUUCCUGCAGUAUUCAACAGGGUUCGAGAUGGACAAGAAGUAUAAGAAAUGGGUUGAGGAGUGGCAAAAGUUGCCGUACAUUUCGCCUUAUGAAAAUGCGAUGCAUUUAGCUGCAAAGACGGACGAGUCGGAUAAAUGGGCUGUUUCAGUUUUGCAUGAGUUGCUUAAUAUUUUCGUCGGGAAGAAGGUGGAAAGGAAUAGCCUGCUUUUUCUGGGGGAGUAUUUAGGGAUGAGGUCGAGAUUCAAGCUGGCAUUUUUGCAGCACCCAGGGAUUUUCUAUCUGUCUAGCAAAACCGGGACUCGUACUGUGGUUUUGAGGGAGGGGUAUAAGAGGGGUGCGUUGAUCGAGAGGCACCCCUUGAUGGAUAUGAGAUUCAAGUAUGUUCAGCUGAUGAAUGUGGUUACAGAUAAUGAGAAGGCAAAAAGUCCGGAGAAAAGGAAUGAUGAGGAUAAGAAGGGUAGUGAAGGAAAAGAAAUGGAUUUGGAGGGUAGUGGGGAAGAUAAUGUUGAAAUGAGUGAGUCGUUUGAUGAAGAUGAGGAUGAUUCUGAUGAUGAAUUUGAGGGUUGGCGUGUGAGAGGGCAAUUUAAAAGGAGAGAUGAGAUUGUUGAAGAGAGAGAUUCUAGAAGAAAUGUGUCAAGGAGGUUUAAUAGGAGAACAGUGGAGAAAGGUAAUUACAAGAGGUUUGAGGAUAAUGCUGAAAUGAGUGAGUCGUCUGAUGAAGAUGAGGAUGAUUAUGAUGAUGGAUUUGAGGGUGAAAAUUCGCGUAAGAGAAGGGGAUUUAAAAGGAGAGAUGAGAUUGUUGAAGAGAGAGAUUCUAGAAGAAAUGUGUCGAGGAGGUUUAAUGGGAGAACAGAGGAGAAAGGUAAUUACAAGAGGUUUGAGGGUGGGGACACGAGUAAAAGAGGGGGAUUUAGGGGGAAAGGUGAAAAUUUUGAAGUAAAUAAUUCUACAAGAAAUGGGACGAGGAGGGCUAGUAGAAGAAGGGAUGAGGACAGUAAUUACAGGGGUUAUGAAGUUGAAAAUGCGGGUGGAAGAGGGAAAUUCAGAAGGAAUGGUGAAAAUUUCGACAACCAGAAUUAUGGAAGAAAUGUGACAAGGGAUGGUAAUUUUAGGGGGUUUGAGGGUGAAAAUGCGGGUAAACGAGGGGGAUUCAGAAUGAAAGGUGAAGACUUUGAAGGGAAGAAUUAUAGAAGAAAUGUGUCGAGGAGGGAAAAUGGACGAAAUAAUGACGAAAAUGUGCAUAAAAGCUCGAGAAGGUUUUCAGGGAGAACUAAUGCCCGGCAUGGGGAUACGAAUAUCCCUAGAUUACCCACUCAGAAGUUCGAUUUCUCUGGAAAUAAUGCUGGGAUUUAA